UCCAACCCCCAAACCCCGGCCAUGUCCCUGGACCUAACGAUGGACGCGGGCGAGGAGAUGCGCUUCCUGAACCGCAUCAACCGGCUCGUGCGUCGCUUGGCCCGCAAGACCCACUUUACGGUUCGCGAGCUGGAGAUCUGCCUGCUGAUCUACCACAAGCUGGUCAAGGACCAAAACGAUCCCCAAGCCCGGUUCGUGAGCACCCACCAGCUGAACAUGGUGUUCGACACGGUGCUGGGCAUUUCGGACCAGGUGGUGGCGGGACGGAUCUACGGCGCCCUGGAGGGAACGACCGUGACGUCACACAUCACGAUGGGCACCUGGGCGCGAAUGUUGUCCCUGUUGUUGCGGGGGACGUUGGGUGAAAAGAUCGAUCACUGCUUCCGGGUGUACGACAUCUCUGGCCACGGGAAGAUCCGACGGGAGGAUAUGAUGGUUCUGCUGCGAGGUUGCUUCGUCAAGCACGCCCAGGAGGAGGUCGAGGAGUCGAUCAAGGAUCUGGUGGACAUUUUGAUAAGGCGGCUGGACGCCGAUCACGACGGGGAGAUCUCGCUGGAGGACUUCCGGGUGUCGAUCCGGAAGAGUCCCGAACUGUUGGAGUGCUUGGGGCAAGCGUUGCCUGAUCGGGUCCACGUGUAUGCGUUUUCGAGAACGUUCCUGGAUCGGGUGAAGAAGUUUUGA